CACUCACGUUGACGUCGACACGGCCAUCGAUACCGUUUCAUUUAUUUAUUUAUUUAUUAUUUUUUACUCAUGUGUGCCAUAGAAAACGUAUAGGAACGGAUGACGUCGCGCGUGAACCCAAGCGCGCGCUUGUGUAUGUGUGUGUAUGUGUGGGGGCGUGGAGGAACAUGUCAGCGUGCGGCGCGAGAGGAGGCGGAGGCGGAGAAGCCCGGGGCUGAGUCCAGUCUUUAGCUGGAGGAGAGGAGGCUGUUGUCAGUGGAAAUACAACUUCAGCUGCAGUGUUCACCGGGGGAAUAAAGUUGCAUAUGGUCGCUGUCUGCAGUGAGCGGAGCUCCUCUGCGUCUUCUCGGCGCUCGACGGUGAGUGAAACGAGCGGCUCACCCGCCGCACCGACGACCAGCCUCCCUUCCUGGAUGUGAAGCGAAUCAAAGGCGGGGACGUUUUUCCACAUCGGGCCACUUUGAGACCACCGGAACCUCCAUUGCGGAAACUCUCCACAUCCUCCAGCAAUGAUGUAGACCUGACAACCACAUGAUGAUGUUGCAGAGUCUCUCAGGGAGGAGGAGCAGCGACUGACACUCCCCCUCAAUUUCGCCGCACCUGUCUCUCUUAUGUCCGUCCUGAUUGGGUGGGCAGACUGCUAUGUCAUCGACCACACCCCCUUCGGCCCCACCCCUUAAGAAGGGAAGGAAGCCGGAGGUGAUGGUCGACUCAGUGCCAGCCACCAAUGAAGAGCUGAGGAGCAAACUCAUGGACGACCAAAUCGAGCUGCAGCAGGAGCGGGGCAAGGUGUGUAAGCUCCGAGAGCGGCUCCAGGAGCAGCGGCAAGCGCGGGAGCUCGAACAACACAAACAUGCUGUGGCACUCACUGACCUGCGCGCCAAACUCCACGAAGAAAAGCUACGCGAGACAGCAGCGACCCGUGAGGCCCUGGCACGGCAGCAUGAAGUCGAGCUUGCACGGGCCAUCAAGAUCCGGGACGCGGAGGUGCAGAGGCUCCAGGGGCUCGUAAACGCACUGAGAGAUGGAGCUGCUGAUAAGCUCAAAAAUGCUCUUCUCGCAGAGGCUCGGGAGGAGGCCAGGAGGGCGUUUGAUGGGGAGAGGAUAAAGCUACAGCAGGAGAUCCAGGAACAAAAGACAGCCAGGAAGCAGGCUGAUGAGGCUCUGGCAAAUGCUCUGCAGGCUGAUAAAGCGAAAGCAGUCGAUCUCCGCACAGCCUACCAACAUCACCAAGAUGAGGUGCAUCGUAUCAAACGGGACUGUGAGAAAGACAUCCGCCGACUGAUGGAUGAGUUGAAGGCGAAGGACCGGGUUGUGUGUGCUCUGGAGAGAGAGCUUGGGCUGCAGGCCGGCUACACCCAGAAGCUUCAGCUCCAGAAGAUAGCCCUGGAUGAGCAAUUGGGGCAGGUACGAGAGGCUGAGAGACACAACCACGGCAGCCCCAAGAGAGAGGUGAUGCCCGGGUUUGGAGACAACACCGACCAGCUCAACAACCAGGAAGUGGAGGAGCGCGACACGAGAAGGUUCCAGCUGAAGAUUGCGGAGCUCCACUCUGUUAUCAGGAAACUGGAGGACAGAAACGCGCUGCUGGCCGACGAGAGGAAUGAACUAGUGAAGCGAGUGCGAGAGGCAGAGAGCCAGAUGAAGCCCUUGUUUGAGAAGAACAAGCGACUGUCCAAGAAGAAUGACGACCUCUUGCAAACGCUGCAACGUAUGGAGGAAAAACUCAAGAACCUGAGCCGCGAGAACGCUGAGAUGAAGGAAAAAGCCACUUCCUCUCGGCCCCCUUCACAACAAUCCAUGCAAACGCAGCUGAAGCGCCCAAGUUCCCUGACAGACCUAAGCCAUGCCCACGAGGAACAGGAAGUGGAGUUUCUCAAGAUGCAAGUUGCCGAGCAACGUGGCAUCAUCGAUGAGCUCACGCAGGAACGUGACCGAUUGGCGAUGAGCAAAAAGAACAAGAGGAAACCUCUCAAACUGUCAAAAAGGCAUGUUGUGGAGACAUAUUUUGGAUUUGAUGAGGAGUCCAUAGACUCUGAGACCUCCUCCCUCACCUCCUACAACACUGACCUCACCGACCGCACGCCUGCCACUCCAGAGGAAGACCUGGAAGAGACUGUUUCCCGUGAGGAGUCGGAGCUUCGUUUCCGUCAGCUCACCAGAGAGUACCAGGCUCUUCAGCGGGCAUACGCCCUCCUGCAAGAACAGACCGGGGGCUCUCUGGAUGCUGAGAGGGAGGCCAGGACACGUGAGCAGCUGCAGGUGGAUCUCGGCAGCUGCCAAGCCAAGAUCAUCGACCUGGAGAAGGCCUUGGCAGAGCGAGGGCAGGAUUCAAAGUGGGUUGAGGAGAAGCAGUUCUUGCUCAGGACCAAUCAGGAACUUCAUGACAAGAUGUGUGCAUUACAGCAGGGGGAGUCGCGGCUUCAGGCCGAGGUUCAGGACGCUCGCGACCAGAAUGAGCUGCUGGAAUUCAGGGUGCUGGAACUGGAAGAGAGGGAGCGCAGAUCUCCAGCCCUUAAUCUCCACAUGUCUGCGUUUCCUGACAACAGCAGCAGCGCACUGCAGUUCUACUGCCACCAGCAGGGGAUCAAGGAUGUAAUCAUUCCUGAGCUGAUGAAGAAACUGGAUAUCCUGGGGGACAAUGGGAAUCUCAGAAAUGAGGAGCAGGUAGCAGUGAUCCAGGCAGGGACAGUGAUAUCGCUGUGUGAAAAGUGGCUAAAGCAAAUAGAUAGCACCGAGGCCGCACUCACACAGAAGAUGAUCGACCUGGAAAAUGACAAGGAGUUGUUCAGUAAGCAGAAAGGAUUUCUCGAAGAAGAGUUGGACUAUAGGAAGCAGACCUUGGACCAGGCUUACAUGAGGAUCGAGGAGCUGGAGGCCACGCUGUAUAGCGCUCUGCAGCAGGAGCAGCCGGCAUGCCGAGCAGUGGCUGAGUCGCUGACAGACAGGCAGAGGGAGGAGCUGAGGCUUGCCGUGGACAAGCUGCGGCGUCAGAUUCUCCGGCAGAGCCGGCAGUUUGACAGUCAGAUCUUACAGGAGCGCAUGGAGCUCCUACAGCAGGCCCAGCAGAGAAUUAGAGAGCUGGAGGACAGGAUUGACUUGCAAAAGAGACAAAUAAAGGACAUUGAGGAAAAGUUUUUGUUCCUCUUUUUGUUUUUCUCUUUAGCAUUUAUUCUUUGGCCUUAAUGAAAAUGACCAUGGACCUACAUCAGGUGUUAAGGUGCUGUGGAGACGCGCAAGGAUGAAACAAAACCUAAUUGUUUUUUAUGCAUUUGUAGACAGCUCAGAAAAAACCCUAUGGCCUUUUUAUAUAUGUGCACUUUUGCAGAAGACCCUUACCUGGAAUGCAAAC